AUGACGCCAGUUCCUGUCUCUGACGCCAUCUUGAGUGUCCUGUCAGGUGACUUCCUGCAGCUGCGCUGCUCCUCCGUGGGUUCCCCGCAAUCCUUGCCCGACACUGCCACCACAGCCGGGACCGGGCCGACUGCGCGUGCGCCAGGCCCGGCGGGAGGCGGCGGCAGGCGCGGGAAGCGCCACUGCGGCGCUCGGACAUUCACUGCGCGUGCGCGCGUCUCUGAGCUGCAGUACCGCUUUUGCUCUGCGGGUGGCGCAGGAGAGCCGUUUGAGGCAGUGCGCAUGCGCGGCGGCCCCGGCUGCAGUUCCGCCAUUGGCCUGCAGGUGUCCCCCGAGACACCGGACAGCCAGCGCUGGUCCGCAGGGGUAGCAGCUCGCCAUGCAGCCCUGGAAUUCUCCGCCUCAGACCAGAGCUUCAUCCUUCAGGAUUUCAACUCCCCCCAGGGCACCUUUGUCAACAGCUGCCAGGUGCAAAACGCGGCCGUCAGGGUGAGGCCGGGGGAUGUGCUGAGCUUCGGCACCGCGGGAGUGUCCUUGGAGCUGGUGCUGGAUGGGGAUGCCCAGGGAAAGGUGGGUGGGGAUGGCCAGGGUGAGAAGCUACUGCAGAAGGAAAUGGGUCACCUUUUUGGUCUGGAAACACAGUUAAAGGGGAAGGAUGUGGUGAUAAGAGACUUGCAGGAGGAGAUCACAGCCAUGACAAAGAAACUGGCCCAGGCAGCAGUGAGGAACGAGGCUGAGCUGAGCCAGAAGCUGCUCACCUUCAACCAGGAGCUGGGAGCCCAAACACAGGAGAUCAAAGCCCUGAGAGAACAGAUCAGUGACCUGCAGAAAGGCUCAAACCAGGUUUUCAGCCAUUCCCUCCAUGAAAGAGACCUGGAGAUUGGGAGGCUGAGGAGAGAAAGUGAGAAGCUGAGGAGGGACCAGGCUUUGACUGCAGGUCUGGUGAGCAACAUGCAAAGGGAACUUCUGCAAAAGGAGCAGAAAAUCCAGAAACUCCAGCAAGAGACGGAAAAACUGAACAAGGAAAACCGAGAGAAGGACAAUCAGCUGGCCAUGGUUUCAGCCAAGUGCUUGAGAAUUAAAGAACAAGCAAGGCAUGAACUUGGAGAGCAAGAGCUGAUCUCCUGCAGAAAUCGCAUUGAGGAGCUGGAGCAGGACCUGGAGGGGCUGCAGAAGGAGAUCCAGAAACACCAGAGUGUCCAAAAGCAACUGGCUGAGAAAGCCAAGGCAGAGGAGGAACUGAAGGCAGCCUGGUGCCGGCAGGCAGAGCAGCUGCAGGAGAUGGGGCACAGGGAGCUCCUGCUGAGAUCUGACGUGCAGAGAGCUGAGGAGCAGCUGGAGUCGUUCAAGAGCCAAGUGAUGCAAGUCUGCUCUCCAUCAGCACUUGGCAGCACAGGGAAAUCUGCAACAGAGCAGCAGGUGAUGGAGAAGGUCAGGCAGAUCUGUGAUGAGAACCAACAAAGCCAUGAGAGAGAGAAGAGUCUGCAGGAGGAAUUGAGCUCCAGGCUCACAAAGGAGAAGGAGUUGUCUGCAAACAUCGAGGUGUUCAAGAACUCCCUGCAGAAGCUCCAGGCUUGCCUGAGGAGCCCCUGCAGCAGCUCCAGCCUGCGAGGGGAGCUGGGGCAGCUGGAGAUGCUGUGCCUGGAUCCCUCCCUCUCAGCCAUCAGGACAGCAGUGGUGGACAUGGCACAUGGUGUCCUGUCCUGGCUGGAGGGGGCAGAGCAGCUCCUGGCCAGCACAGGGAUGGACCUGCACACCUCUGGCAAAGGGCUGUUGGCUGCUCUGGGGAGUUUGUCAGAGAAGAGUCAGGAGAUGGCACAGAGGAAUCAGAUGCUGCAGGAGCAAUUAGAGAAGCUCCAGGAGCUGCAGGCAGAGCUGCUGCAGGAACACACAAAGGAGCUAGAAGCAAAACAUGAACAAGACUUAGAGAUAAAAAUCCAGCAAAUUAUCCUGGAAAAGGACAAGGAGAGCAGACAGAUUCUGGAGAGCGCUGUCACCAAGGAGAAGGACAGGUACAGGAAAUCUGUGGAGGAAGAACAGAAGAAGAUCCAAGAGUUGGAAAGCCACCUAAGAAGCAUGGCUGAGACAACAGCAAAGAAGGCAGAGGAGCAGGAACUGGCAGAGGGAAAACUGAGAGAAGCUUUGCAUGAGCUGAAGAAAAUCACUGCACAAGAGGCAGAGUUACAGCAGCAGGUGCUUCAGCAGGACCAACAGCUCAGGGCUGCCCAGGAGGAAAAUGAGUUACAGAGGCACAAACUGCAAGAAGAAGUAGCAGGAUACAGGGAGCAAAGCAAGCAGCAUUCCCUGACCAUCUUGGCUUUACAGGACAGGCUGCUAGAGGCCACUGAGCAGCAGAAGGUGCUGGAGGAGGAAAAGGCAGCACUUGUGGAAAAAUUGGAAGGAUUUCAGUGUGAUGCCAAUAGGUCAGCAUCAGGAAAUUGGCUGGAGGUUUGUCCUGCCAUGGAGUCUCAUGUUUGUCUGAGGAAACUGCAGGAGGAGCUGGCAGUGGCACAGGGCACGCUCCUGGAAAAGAAGGCGAUCAUCAGCAGGCUCAGCAGGGAGCUGUCAGAAACCAGAGCCAGGAUGUCAGACAUGAGAGGGGAGCUGAGUGAAGAGCAGAAGGUGGAGCUGGAGCACAGCCAGAGGCAGCUGAAACACCGGCAGUGGGAAGUGAACCAGCUCAGGGAGAAGCUAUCCGAGAUGUCCAGCCUUGUGGAGGAGAAGGAUCAGGCCCUGAAAGCAGCAGCUGAAGAGUUAAGCCAGGCCCAAAGGCGCUGCCAGGUGCUCAGGGAUGCUUCCCAACAAACACUGGAGAGCCCAGAGGAUGCUCCCAGGACACCAGUGCAGCGCUUUGGAACCGCCAAGUGUUUGCAUGGAGAUGCCCCCCAGGCUUUGUUCUUGUGCCAAGUGCCCAGUGUCUGCCAGCAAGGCUGUGUUUACAUUGAACUUCAGACUGGGCAAGAAUCUGAAUUCUUCCAGGAGCCACCAUCAGACUUGGCUGAGCUUGGUGCAAAAUGCCAAGGCCUGAGGCACGAGGAGACAAUCCAGCGCCAAAAGGAAGGAUUGGCUGAGCUCCGGGAGAGAGUGAAGGUGCUGGAGAAGAGACAGUGCUCAGAUGCUGUGAAGAGCAAUUCAGAGCCACUGGUGGUCUGGAUGAAAGACUUAGCAGAGAAAAUAGUCCAACAAAGAGGUCUUGAGCUGGAACCUGCACCUGUGUUGGGAGAAAAACUGAAGGCUGGCAAGGCUCCUGACCACAUUCCCAGUGGGAGCUCCUUCAAGAUCACCAACAGCCCAGUGGAAAUGGCUGAGGUGACAGACCUGGGUGAGAAGAUGUACCUUGAUGUAAUCGGUGCUCUGGGAUGCCUGAUGGAGAUGAAGGAGCUGUCAGGAGUGCAGCCUCUGCAGCGCCUUCCUCGGGAUACAAGGGCAGAAGUGGGGCUGCAGAGACAGAAAGCUCUGGAGCUGUUGUACAAAACGAUCAGGAACCUCCAGGUUUGCCUGGAAAGGAAAGAAGAAAGGCUGAAAGAUUAUGAGGGAAGUGUGGAGCAGCUCAGGCAGAGCCAAGCUUCCCUGCAAAGCUGCCAGGGGGAGAUGUCCAAGCUGGAAGAUGAAGCCCACGGGGAGGCAGAGGAGAAGGCUCCGGAGGGGAUGCAGCUCCAGCUG